GAUACGCGCCGACACAAUACAUUGUAGAGCGCCGGAGCGCAGCAUAGCGAGUGAACGACAAGCGUAACCAUCAACAAUGACUGUUUGUUGUGCGCUUAAGCUGUAGAUACAACGAACAGCAGCAACAGCAAUAAAAAAUAACAACAAAUAUACAUAUAAUACUACGCCUAUGUAUCUGCUGUUUGUGUAGUUUUGUUUUCCUCCCUGUUGCUUAGCCGUUCGGUUGGUUGGCUCAUUGGUGUGUUGGCUGUGUGGCAUUUGCUGUUUCAUUUGCGCAACAUUCAUUCGUUGGGGUGCUGGCUGGCGUCAACCACGUUAUUGCUACAAAGUGUACGCGUGUGCGCUUGUGUGUGUUUAUUUAUGUGCAUUACAUUGUUAGUUUAUGUGUUGCCUUUGUGUUUGUGACUGUGGAGAGCUUUUUUCGCUUGUGUCGCAGCGGGCAGAACAGUCACCAGCAUUUGUACGUACAGCAACGACGCCCGUCUAUAUUUGCGCGGAUUCUUUUUGCGAAUUAACAACGCGCAAGUGUAUUUCCAACAACUGACAGCUCAGCCAAAGGCGUAAACAAAAACAACAACAGUUAAAAGUAAAAGAGAAAUAGUAAAAAAUAGCAUAAUUAAAAAAAACAAGCAAGCGCCCUACGUUCACAGUGGGCCGGCCGGUGUAGCUAGUUGGUAUACGCGUUCGAAUGGCAGCCGCAGCAGUGCUAGUGACAGUUGUUGGGACGGCUUGAGCACACCAAGCAAAUAGCGAGCUGCGUAUGAAUUUUGCGAAAAACUAGUGAUCGCUAACUAACGCGUCUAAGGAACUAAAAUUUUAACAAAAAUUAAAAACGUAGUGAAUGCGGGAUUUUUUUUCGAAAAAUUGCAAAAAUUUAAAUUUUAUCAACAAUUCAUACUAUGUGUAUGUAUGCCUCAUCUGAUUGCGCGUGGCUAUUGGAAGUCGUCAACAAAUCGCCUGUAAAGAUCCUGCGUCGAUAAGCCAAGACAAUCGGUAUUCACACGCAUCAAGCCGUUUCGCUUUUGAGCAGAAGGCGCCACGCUGCGCACCACAAUUCAACUACCUGUCAACGGUUUGGCACUUUUUGUCGGAUUAGCAGACGGACAAGGGGCACAACAGCGGCACUAAAAGGCAAUAAGCGAGGUUCCACCAACACAAUAAGGAUUUUUAAAGUAGGAAAACGUAUUAUUAGAAGAAUAUAAUUGAAAAAAGUGCCCAGUUCACUGGCAAAAACACAAAAAUUAAAAAAUUACGAAAAGGACAAUAAAAAUUACAAUUCAAAAUCGGAUGCGUUUCUUGUUUGGCAUUGUUAAAAGUUGUAUUUGAAAAGAAAUUCUAUUUGUACUGUUUGUGCGCCGGUGUUGCAAGUAGUGAAAGGACGCAGAACCAAAAUUUGACGGAUAGUUGUGUAAAAGAAAUGGUAUGUAUAAUAAAACUGUGCGAUAAGUAAAAAAAAACAACAAAACAAAACAAAAGAAACAUAUAACUUAGUGCAGAAAGAAAUCUCAAACAAUCAUAUAACAAAGUAAAAAGUGCAACAACAAAUACUGCAUAUUCAAAUCAGCACAAAUCGUAAUAAACAAAAUUUCACCUAACUCGUGAACAACCGAUAAAGUAAAGUGAUAAUGUGAGAAAUUUGGCAAUUACUAAAAGAAAAGAAAAACAAAAGCGCGUAUUCCCUUGUUAGUGCAGAAUUGUGAUUGAUGAUUGAUCACUCAUGACAUGUGACAACUUCCUCAAGUUCUCGAUAAAUAAAAAGAAAAAAUAACAAACACGUCAAGGCAUACGCAUAAUCCUCCGCAACUGUAGUGCAACUCAAACAAAUUUGUCAUAAUUAAUUCGGCAUUUAAGUGUAUAUUUCAAAGCGGAUGUUUUAAAUAACAGCUAGUAAAUAAUCAAACAAAAUCAAUUGUUGUCAGUUAUCGCUGCACUCAGCAGAACGCUACGCAAAAAUGUUAACGGACAUGACACCGACGGCCGGACAGUUGUACGGCUCACAAAUACCCGCCAUGGGUAUGAACAUCGGCAAUAUCGCAACGCAUCUGCAAAAACCGCAAGUUAAUCCGGAUCAUCCUAGUCUGCGUGGCACACCGCUGGCAAUGUUGGCUGCUCAAUGCAAUAAAUUGUCUAGUAAAUCUCCACCGCCGCUUGCCGAUGCUGCUGUGGGAAAAGGUUUCCAUCCCUGGAAGAAGAGCCCCACUUCACCGUCGAGUAGUGCAGCUGGAGGUCAGCACUCACCAUGCACCAUCUCUUCCGCUUCUUCGUCAUCGGGUUCUGGUUCGUCCAGCAGCAAUUUGGGUUUGAGCGGGGUCUCAUCGGCUGCCUCUUCACGCAGUCUGCCGUCAUCCGGCAUCAAUACAAUGGUGAACAUCACAGCUAGCAUUUAUCCUUACAGUCGCCCGAUAUCUUCAUCCUGUGCUGCUGUCAGCAAUCCCUCAGCUUAUGGUAGCGAUCUGUACUUUCCGAAUACGAGCAGUCCAAGCGGUGGCAUGGUCUCCGACAAUCACCACAUGCAUCAGGGUUUAUUGGGCAAAGUGGAGGGCGCUACUUUCGGUUCGGUCUACUCACGUCAUCCAUAUGAUUGGCCCUUCAAUGCGGUCACUGCAUCAGCACAUAAAGCGGCUGAGGCAGCAAGCGUUAAUUCCGGCUGGUGGGAUAUGCACAGCGCUGCUGGUAGCUGGCUAGAUAUGGGGGGCGCUGGUAUGCACUCAACCAUGGCCAACUAUGCAACAGCCGCCGGCUCGGACUACUCAUCUGCGCUGUCGCAUUCGCUCUCCAAUACGGCACAUCUGUUGGGCUCUGGCCAACAUUUGCUGCAAGAUACAUACAAGAGCAUGUUGCCCGGUCAAGGUGUGGGUGGGUUCUCGCUACCACACAGUUCUCCGUCGGCUGCCGCCACUGCGGCCUCACCGCAAGCAUCAACGCCGUCGACACCAUCGCCGCGUUCACAAAGACGUUACGCCGGUCGCGCCACAUGCGAUUGUCCGAAUUGCCAGGAAGCUGAGCGGUUGGGACCAGCUGGUGUGCACUUGCGCAAGAAGAAUAUACACUCGUGCCACAUACCGGGGUGUGGCAAAGUGUACGGCAAGACUUCGCAUUUGAAAGCGCAUUUGCGUUGGCAUACCGGCGAGCGACCAUUCGUUUGCAAUUGGCUUUUCUGUGGCAAACGUUUUACACGCUCCGACGAGCUACAACGUCAUCUGCGUACGCAUACGGGCGAGAAGCGCUUUGCUUGUCCCAUCUGCAACAAACGCUUUAUGCGCAGCGAUCACCUAGCUAAGCAUGUGAAGACACACAACGCUACUGGGCAAGGUGGCAGCAUGAAGAAGGGCUCAUCGGAGUCAUGCAGCGAUUCGGAGGAGCCUGGCAACCAAUCGGGCGAAUCAAAUGGUCUGAACGGUAGCAACGGACAGCAAACUGGUAACGGCAGUCAUCCCAGCACGCCCAACUCUCAUCAGUCCGGCGGCGGUGGCAAUACAACACCAACUGGUGGACUGUUGGCCAGCGGCUUGCAUCUGUCAUCACCACACAAUAUGUCUGGCGGUUCCCCAGUCAUGCUGCACGCUCAGCAACAACAUCAUCAACAGCAGCAACAACAGGCACAAGCCCAGGCGCAAGCACAGGCGCAGGCACAAGCGCAGGCGCAGUUGCAGCAUCAUCAGCAACAGCAACAUGCGCAUGCGCAUUUGCAUCAUCACCAUCAUCAUCAUUUGGUUGGCAACUCGGCGCCCAGCCCGGGGCUAGAUCAUCACAGCACUUUGGUGGAUAUUAAGCCACCAAUGGUUUGAGGGUCAUUGGGACCCUUUCUCUUCACCAAUUGAGGUGGCUAUCGGAAUGGGUCCAACGGUCUAUUAAUUCGACAACUAAUGCGUGGCGUGAGGAUUACAUAAAUAUGGAAAGAAGGUCAAAUUUGCAAAGCAGCAGCUUAAGCAUGGGUUAAGUUGAAACAUGUUGACAUACAAACUCUAUUGUAAAUAAUGCUUGUAACGAUGUGUUGUUAAAAAUAUAAAACAAUCAAAAAUGCUAAACUCUAUGUACAACUACCAAACUCUAAAUAAUAUAAAUUGAAAUGCUCUUCGUUUCAAGUAAGCGGUAGGUCAAAAUUUUGUAAAUAGCUGCGAAAUACA